AUUGUAACAAUAAUAACCACUCGACAAGAAAGAAGUAAACGAACUGACCAUCGAUUUAUUACUAUGUAUUACUGUAUUAGCCUUUGCUAGGAACAGUAGGUAAUAAAAAUGACGGAAUUGUAUUUGUCGAUAUCUUAUAGAUUAAUUGGGUUCCGGGGAUUUUGGUAUAAAAUCUAUUUACAAACAAAUGGAAUUUGUUAUGCCGUCCGGAUUACCGCGUUCACCGGAUUAUCGGAGGUCCGGACUAUCGAGGCUCUACUGUAUGUAGAUUUUAUUUUACAUUACUAUUUAAAUAUUUCUGGGUGCUAUGUUUACAAUAAUGAACCCACAACAAGAGGUAAUUAUUAUCAAACUUCUGAAUGGUAUUCAUCAACACGAACCAGUCGUUAAAUAAACCUAUUGUGUCUGAAUCACAUACAGUUUAAAUUAGUAAGUAUAGAUAUGAUUAUAACAGUUAAUAGUGUAUUAAUUUUAUUUCUUAUCAGACAAAUUGCAUAUUUUCUUACAAGCGUUUAUAUUAUUGUUUCCACACAACAAUAUGGCUUUUGAAAUCGUAUUUCGAAAUGAACUCUCAGCGUCAUUAACUUGAGCAGUACCUAGGUAUCCUCUACAGAAAUUGUAUGUGCUAGUUUAAAAUAUUUUGGUUUAUUUUAUUUGAUUAGUGUUGUAUUGACAUUGUGUAAAAUUAACGCAGGGGACACUGGCCAUAACAAAAGACUAAGAAGUAGUUAGAAUUUUUUGGUCAAAUACAGCUGCGGCAAGUGUAAGGUAAUACAUUAAUAAAUGGAUAGUUAAUGUCUUAAUCAUUAAUGAGUUCUGAACCCAUAGAAUAGAAUAUUAAAAAUUUAAAUUUAAAACAGAACCUACCUAUUUUUAAUGAUUAUUAUAGUUAGUCUGUUAUAAUUUAUAAAUAUAUAAUAAAUGUCAAAUAAUUUCUCAAUAAUUGUAACUAAUUUUAUAUAAAAAAAAUACACCAACUGAUUGGUAUGUAGUCAAUAGAGAUAAUGGUACUUUUCUUUUAUUAUAACCAUGCUCAUGAACUCUACUUUCUUUUGUUGGUGUCUUCCUGUAGGUACCAUUAUCUCUAUUGACAACAUACCAACGAACAAAAAAAAAAAAGGCACGAAACAUUAUUAUUUUUUAUUUAUUUAAAUAAAUAGGUGGAUUGAAGAGUAGGUACCUACAAUUUGUAGGCUACAAAGCAAAAAUGGGUACUACAUUUUUUAUAAUGAACACCUAGUAUUAAGCUUUUGGUUUGUGUUAUAAGUUUCAUAAAAACACUAUUUAAUAAAUACAUUUAAAAUAAUAAUCAAUUUGUCUAAUUAGCUUAUCUUUAAACUACAAUAUAUACAUAAUAAUACACAUAAUAUUAUUAUUUGAUUUUAUAGUUUUGAAUUUGCCGCCACAAACUAUGAUAGGUUUAGAAAUCAUGUGGGUGGCUGACGGGGAGCCAGACCGCAAUUGCUUCGGUACUCGGUAGUCGGUACCUUCUACCAUAGAACAAUAACUUCUACCCUCCCAACCUGGUACAUAGGCGGCCUAUAACAUAGCCAACAUCACGGACCAUAAGAUAUAUAUCUUAAUUAUAAACUAUAUCAUAGUCCGUGGCCAACAUGCAUGCUAUCUACUUGGUAAAUUUAUAUCAAUUAUUAUGAUUUAUAAUUAUAAAUUAAAAAAAUAUGCAUAUGAAAAAAUUAAUGAUUAAAUAAGAAUUUUUAUUUUAUUUGGAAUUAAAAAAGGAACUCGUUCAUUUUCCAAAGGAACGAUUUUUUUUUUUUACGAACAAGGAACGGAACAAAUUCCUUUUUUUAAAAAAUAACGAGGAAAGCUGCAGGGGUGGAUCCAGAGUUAGGAAACUGUGAAUCAGGAAAUAUCAAGGGGCCACUUAUUAAAACCAGAUUAGAAAUCUAUACUUGUGUACUAACUACUAUGAAACAAAAAAAAUUAAUUUAAACUGUACCUAUGUGUAAUGUGUGUUUAUUCGAGGAUCCAAGUGUCCAACUACCCAAGAUCUGGAAAGAGCCCCCCCCCCCCUUAGAUCCGCCCACGAGGAAAAGAACGAAUUCCUUUUUAUAAGGAACUUGGCAAACACUGCCUACUACCGAGGCAAUAUGCGGUCUUGCUAUGUCCAUUGACUAGACACGACAUAGCAAGCGGGUGGUUGGUGUGUGAUACUAUUUUGUCACGGCAAUUUAGUAUGGUAGGGGGAACUAAGUGAUAAUUUGUUAUGCGAUCCUGGUGACCUGGUGAUCUAAUAACUCGCAGUGAUGUUAUUAUAAUAUUAUGUAUACUCCGGCCCACGAGAGUCCAUACAUAAACACUAAAACGCGCAUCGACACUGACGUACGCGACAUCUGCCGACUGAAUUUUCUCCCACCAUAGGGCCAUUCCCACCACUCGGCAACGUGAAUACAGCGGCUCAUAAAAACACAGCUAAUUAAUUGCGUUUUCGGGGUGUUAUAUGAUUCUCCAUAUUGAAUAACAAAAAACUCGCGAAAAAAAUCGUAAAAAAAUACGUUAUAAACUUGUAACGUAAACGACACGAAAGACCAGUUAUAAAAACGAAUCAGUCGAAUUUCGUAAACGUGUCUACUGCUAUCGCUACGUAUACACGAAUGUCAACGACGCCUGUCGGCGAUCGUUGCCGACCGGCUUCCGAUCGGUAAGAUUCCGGCGCAUGGAAGAGGAACCGAUGCGCAGCGACGGACGCGUUUUUACGUAUGGACUCUCGUGGGCCGUAGUAUCAUAGCGCUCUAAUCGCAUAGUUCCCCCCACCACAAAAUUUACCGUGAAAUUUCCGGAUCAAGAUUUUAGCCAACGUGUCCACUGUCCAGUCAAUAAUAUCGUGACUACAACUGUAACUGCCUACUGUUGUUGUUGUAUAGUUGUUUGUUUGCAGCUGCUGUAGAACGGUCAGGUUGUUUUUUUUAAAUUGUUUUAACUUCGUGCGACAUCCGACAUCUUACGUUCUUACUUAACGCUUUACUGACUACGGGCUUAGCGUAAACCGUGUUUUUAUUUUCUUUGCCUAUGAUCGUGUCGACGAUCAUACGUCGAUUGCCAAUAAUAUUUUUACCAUUGGACAUAAUUAUUUCUCGUCAGUUGUUAAUUUAUUCUUACAGUCGACGCGGGCGUUUCAUCGUUAACUAUUGAUAACUGUUUUGAGUGGCCAUUUCGUGUAUUCGUUUAUUGUACGAGUGUAACUACUCUACUGUACGUUUGGGCGGACAGCCACGAUGGAGAACGAGAGAACGUACGAAUUACCUAGCUUGUUGAAAACGGCGUACUACGCUUGCAAUGAGAUCGAGCGUGACAGUUUUGACUCACUGGAGGUACCGGACAUCGAUAUGCGACAUUGUUGCGAGUCCUUGUUCGAAAUAUUUAAAAUCGACAAAAAACGAAACGAGAAUAACGAAAGGCGGACAAUGUUCAGCAGGUUGCAGUUCUCCAUCAACGACAAGAAGUUUAAAAACAUAUGCGAGCAGGCAGCGUCCAAUGGCCACCUGAAUUGUAUGAAACUCGCUCGCGAGAUCGGUAUCCCUUGGGACGAAAUGUCCAGAGCGAACGAUAAGGCAUGUGACCGGGCUGCCAGGUCGGGAUAUCUGGAGUGCCUAAUAUACGCCCGGGAAAACGGGUGUCCAUGGGACCAGUCAACAUGUAUCAACGCCGCGAUAGGUGGACAUUUGGACUGUUUGGUAUACGCCCGGGAAAACGGGUGCCCGUGGAAUGUGGAAACAUGCGGAAACGCCGCGCUGUACGGUCACUUGGACUGCCUUGUUUACGCACGGGAAAACGGGUGCCCUUGGGACGAGCGGACAUGCGAACACGCCGCGUUGAACGGACACAAGGACUGCCUAGUUUACGCACGGGAAAAUGGGUGCCCGUGGAAUGUGGAAACAUGCGGAAACGCCGCGCUGUACGGUCACUUGGACUGCCUUGUUUACGCACGGGAAAACGGGUGCCCUUGGGACGAGCGGACAUGCAACAACGCCGCGUUAAACGGACACAAGGGCUGCCUAGUUUACGCACGGGAAAAUGGGUGCCCGUGGAAUGUGGAAACAUGCGGAAACGCCGCGCUGUACGGUCACUUGGACUGCCUUGUUUACGCACGGGAAAACGGGUGCCCUUGGGACGAGCGGACAUGCAACAACGCCGCGUUAAACGGACACAUGGACUGCCUAGUUUACGCACAUGUAAAAGGGUGCCCUUGGGACAAGCGGACAUGCGAACACGCCGCGUGUAACGGCCACAAGGACUGCCUGGCUUACGCACGGGAAAACGGGUGCCCUUGGGACGAGGGGACAUGCGAAUACGCCGCGUGGAACGGCCACAAGGACUGCCUGGCUUACGCACGGGAAAACGGGUGUUCUUGGAACAAGAAGACGUGCACAUUUGCCGCGAGAAACGGACACAUGGACUGCCUAGUUUACGCACAUGUAAAAGGGUGCCCUUGGGACAAGCGGACAUGCGAACACGCCGCGUGGAACGGCCACAAGGACUGCCUGGUAUACGCACGGGAAAACGGGUGCCCAUGGGACGCGGACACGUGUAGCUUUGCAGCGCGUAAAGGUCACCUGGAGUGCCUGACUUACGCACGGGAAAACGGGUGUCCAUGGGACGCGGACACGUGCAGCGAAGCUGCGUUAAAUGGCCACAUGGACUGCCUGGUAUACGCACGGGAAAACGGGUGUCCAUGGGACGUGGACACGUGCAGCGAAGCUGCGUUAAAUGGCCACAUGGACUGCCUGGUAUACGCACAGGAAAACGGGUGCCCAUGGGACGCGAUCACGUGCACCCACGCUGCGUUAAACGGUCACAUGGACUGCCUGGUAUACGCACGGGAAAACGGGUGUCCAUGGGACGCGGACACGUGCUCCCACGCUGCGUUCAAUGGUCACAUGGACUGCCUGGUAUACGCACGGGAAAACGGGUGCCCAUGGGACGCGGUCACGUGCAUCGCAGCUGCAUUCAAUGGUCACAUGGACUGCCUGGUAUACGCACAGGAAAACGGGUGCCCAUGGGACGCGGCCACGUGCACCCACGCUGCGUUAAAUGGUCACAUGGACGGCCUGGUAUAUGCACGGGAAAACGGGUGCCCAUGGGACGCGGUCACGUGCAUCGCAGCUGCAUUUAAUGGUCACAUUGACUGCCUGGUAUACGCACGGGAAAACGGGUGCCCAUGGGACGCGGUAACGUGCAUCGCAGCUGCAUUUAAUGGUCACAUUGACUGCCUGGUAUACGCACGGGAAAACGGGUGUCCAUGGGACGCGGACACGUGCAGCGAAGCUGUGUUCAAUGGUCACAUGGACGGCCUGGUAUAUGCACGGGAAAACGGGUGCCAAUGGGACGCGGUCACGUGCAUCGCAGCUGCAUUUAAUGGUCACAUGGACUGCCUGGUUUACGCAAGUGAAAACGGGUGCCCAUGGGACGCGAUCACGUGCAGCAAGGCCGCAGAAAACGGUCACAUGGACUGUCUGGUAUACGCACGGGAAAAUGGGUGUCCAUGGGACGAGCGGACGUGCAGCAAGGCCGCAGAAAACGGUCACAUGGACUGCCUGGUAUACGCGCGGGAAAAUGGGUGCCCAUGGGACGAGCGGACGUGCACCAAGGCCGCAGAAAACGGUCAAAUGGACUGCUUGACAUACGCACGAGAAAACGGUUGCCCCAUAGGUGAAACAGGUCUGCACAACUAAAACUGAAGUAAUAUUUUAUCACCAAUGUUUUUAUACUCAUCGUCUACAUUUUUAUUAUGAUGUUAUGAUACGAGUUCUUUGCGUUUACUACACAUCAUUGUAUAUUCUGCCAAGGACCUUACAGCUACUUAGUAUAGUAAAUUAUAAAUUAAAUGAUUUAUAAAUAUUAUAACUAAUCGUGUUUAAACUAUAAAUACAAUUUUAAAAAAAAUUUACGUGCAUUUAUAAUUUCUCAUGUAGAACCUUAUACACUACAGAACUACAGAAGUGAACACUUACUUGUAUCAGUUAUUAAAAAAUGAUUAAUUUAAUUUUGCUUUCAUUUUAUAAAACUAGAAAUCAAAAAAAAAUAAUUACCUAGUAAUUAUAUUAUAAAAGUAUAAACUGAGUAAUAAAUGGUGUGUUGUUAAAAUAAAAUAAAACAAAUUUAUAAAUAUUUUAAUAUGAAACUAAAUCUCUAAGGGCCAUUCUUACAAUGUCGGGGAAAGUGUCGGUUAAUGCUAACCGACUGAAAACAGAUUUCUAAUACAAGAUAGGUAAAAGAUGUUUACAAUAAUGUCUUAUAAUUAAAAAAAAAAAUACUAAGUAGAUUUAUGAUUUAUAUUUUAUUAUUGUUAUCUGAAAUGAUGAUUGUACAUAUCUAUUAUUUCCAGGGCUAGCCUUUUAACUUUAACAUAAUACGAAGAAUCAUUAGAACCCUGAUGUUAAAGUUUCUCUAAUUUGUACAAUGUUACUUAUUUUAUGAUUUAAAUAUUAUAUAUAAAAAAAAUAUUUAAAUAUUCAAAUAACUAAACUUUAUACUUUAUACAAAAAUGUGUAAUGCAUAUUUUGGAAAAUAUGGCUAAGAAUAAAUUAUAUAUAACAAUUGAUUAUCAGAUAUUGAGAUAUUCAGAUUAAGCAUUAAACAUGUACAUUUGUCAAAAGCAGGCAUGACUAAGGGCUGUUUCUACAAUCUGGCCGAAUUCUGCUGGUAAUAAAAUCUGUUUUCAGUCAGUUAGUGUUAACUAAAACUUUACCGGAAUUGUAAGAACGGACCUUAGAGGAGUCAUUUAUAAAUUAUAAUUAAAUAGUUAGGUACUCUGUUAGUUAGUUGAUGAAAUAAAAAAAUAUAUAAAUUUAGAGAGAUAUUAAUCAUAUUUCUAAUUAUAAUUACAUUGGCUACUGGGUAUUGGCUACUGGGUAACUUUUUUUAUAACAGACUCAUUUAUCACUAAGAUAUUAUUAAGUUUAUUUUUUAUCAUUAAAAUCAAUUAAGUUUGUCAACAGUUAUUUAUUUUUUUAUUUUUACAACAACAUCCAGGAGGAACAGUAAUUAUACUUUGUCUUAUACUGGCAGUCAGUAUAAUUAUUAAAACAUUAAGUAUUAUUAUUUAAGUAUUUUUUUUAUUUAGAUAUUAUCAUGGUAUAGACUUUAUUUUCUAUACUCUAUAGCAUGGCAUUUUAAACCAAAUGUCCAUUACAAUUUAAAAAAGCAAAGGUGGGCAUUAACUUAACUAUAUAGUUAAUUAUUAUUGUUUUUAACUUACUAACUAGUAACUUAAAUUAUUUAAUUUAAUUAAACUAAAUUAUAUUUAACACACUGCUUGGGACCGUGCUGCAGCACUUUCAAGUUCAGUCACGGUAGGGCACUAUUAUAUGUAGUAAGUCUAUAUAUUUUAUAUAUAUUAUCUUCUAUACCGUGGUUCAGUUUCAACACUUUCAGGAGUUUGCUCAUUACCUACUGAUAGGAACAUUUUCAGUGUUAAAAAAAUUUGAAGAUUUCAUUCACUGUUUUUACAAAAAAUGUUUAAUAUCAAACUUUAUAUUAGUUUCACAUUCUGUAAAAUAAAGUUACAAUAUUAUUGACUAAGAAAAAUAACAUUUGAUGUUAUAUUAUAUUAUAGCACAAUAUUAAAAUAACAAAGUAUGAUUUACGUUUAAACUCAUAAGCAAUAUGAGACAUUUUAUUUAAACAUAAAUCAGUAUCAGCAUUCAGAAACUUAUUUAUCUUUUACCAACAUAUCCUCUUCCAUAGAAAUUAAAUGUAGAAAGUAAAACCUUUAUUAAUAUUAAAUCCUCCCCAAAAAUCAUAAUGUUAAUAAUAUAUACCCAGUAUUGGGUAGUAACGUAACGCGUGUUACUCGUUAUUGUAACGUAGUUACACUUUUCAGUAAUGUUAAAUAACUUUGUUAUUAUUAUUUUUGUGUAACACAAGAGCAACUAUGUUAAUUAUUUAUAAGUAACUUAGUUACUAGACUAGUGCCGUAACUUAGUUACUUUUAAAAAGUAACUUACCCAACACUGUA